AUCAACUUGGCUAUACAGCAUUUACAUGUUGAAACACAAGGGCUGAGUGCUAUAUGCUGAAUGUUUUUUCAAUAGGAAUGAGAAGUACACAACUAAGCGAGAGUCUGAAUAAUGCACUAAAAGGCAAUUUAAAAUCAGACCUUGAUCUCAUAAGGUUCCUAAAGCGUGUUGACCAUGUUGUUCAAGAUAAGAGAGAGAAGGAGAUACAAGCUGAAUUUGAAUCUAUAAAGAAACAACCAAGGAUUGGGAUGAGUGCACCUAUGUUACUACAAACAAGUAUGAUUUAUACACCUGCAAUAUUUGAAGUCUUUCAGGCUGAAUAUGAAAAGCACCUGGCAGCCUACACAGUAGGUUCAAAUGGAACUAAUGAAUUUGUCAUUGCAAUUGGAGCUCUCAUAGGAACAUUAACAGUUGAAGAAGAGCGCAAAGUUAUAGUCAACGCGGCUGAUCAAAUGGUUUCAUGUAGCUGUCGACUUUUUGAAAGAAUUGGUAUAUUAUGUAGGCAUGCACUGAAAGGUCUAGAUUUGGUGAACAUUAAGAUAUUGCCUGAAAGAUACAUUUUGAAACGAUGGACCAGAGAUGCAAGAUCAGGGAUUAUCCAAGAUAAGCAUGGGAGGGAUAUAGUGGAAAAUCCUAACUUAGAUGCUGCAAUACGGUAUAAAAAUCUUUGCAAAAUGUUCAUUUCAUUGGCUUCAAGAGCUGCUGAUUUUGAAGACAGCUACUUGCUUGUGGAAGAGGCACUUCAUAACGUGAGUAAGCAGGUGGAAGAAAAAAUUAAAGGAACUCCUAACAUUAAUGCAGAAAAGUCUGGUGCUGAACAAACAUUCAGCUUGCCAGAACAAUAUGCUCAUGUCGUUGGUCUAAAGAAGAAAGAAAAGCAAAAAGGUGGAUCAAAACGAAAGAAGAGUUGGAUUGACAAACUUACUAAGAAAAAGAAGAAAAAAUCAAACAAGAAAAAAAAAGAGCAAGCAUGUGCGACAUGAAGAAUGUGGAAGUCCUAUACCUCAAUCACAAGCAUAUGAAUCAAUUCAUAGUUUUAAUGAAGUUUUAAUGAGUUCAAAUGUUGUUCAAGAUGUUAGCAAUCCUCACUUCUUGGAAGAGAUAGAUGGAUGACAGUUUUAGAAAAGCUUCAGUGUAAGUAUAGGUCAAUUAUGCAGGUCAAAUGGUCUUGAAAAAUCAUCAUCUAUAAUUGUUUUUUUUUGCAGGCCGUGUCCUUGAG